CCUGCAGCCGGGGCUGCAGACACGACCUACAGCCUGUAGUGGCCCAAUUACCCUGCGAAUAAAACUGCACUCCACCUGUCCAGGGACGGGGUAGCGACUGGUGUACGUGCCAGGGUGCAUGUUUAACAGAAGAGUGUGAUGCUGAUGUGAUGCUGGAGGAUCAGGCUGUGGUGCACUGAGCCUCCCAUGGCUGUUAGCACCAUGGACUCUGAGCAAGGCCGGACACCUAAGCCCCAGGUUGCCCUGACUAACGCAGGCCAGCUGCCUGCUGGGGCAUUGAGUGCUAGGCUGGGCCCUCAAGGGAAGCACUAUGUCUGUGGCUCCAUUGCAGCUUUUACCAAUAUUGUGGUGACCUUUCCAAUCCAGAAGGUGCUGUUCCGCCAGCAGCUACACGGUGUGUUGGCCACUGAAGCGGUGCGGCAGCUCCAGAGGGAUGGGCUGAGGAAUCUUUACAGAGGCCUGUUGCCCCCGCUGCUCCAGAAGAGCACUACAGUGGCCAUCAUGUUUGGCCUUUAUGAGGACUUUUCUAGAGUCUUAUUGGACCGGGCCGGUAGCAGCGGUUUGCCAGAGCUACUCACACGAAGCUUUGCUGCAGCAUUGGCAGGAACUGCAGAGGCUAUCCUGACACCAUUUGAGCGUGUGCAGACGCUCCUACAAGAUCAUCGGCACCACGGCCGCUUCAACAACACAGCCCACACCUUCCGGACACUUCUGACUGAGUAUGGUGUCAGAGAGUGCUACCGUGGCCUCGUGCCCAUUCUCCUCCGUAAUGGUCCUAGCAAUGUGCUCUUUUUCGGACUCCGGGGGCCCAUUAAAGAGCAGCUCCCAGAAGCCACUAGCCGGGCAGGUCACUUGGUGAAUGAUUUUGUGUGUGGAGGGGUGCUGGGGGCAGCCCUUGGCAUUAUGUUUUAUCCAUUAAAUGUGGUUAAGUCCCGGGCUCAGUCUCAGGUUGGCGGAGCCUUCCAGCCUUGCAGGAUGGUGCUGCUAACAGUGUGGAGAGAGAGGGGUGGCAGCUUGGCUAUGCUCUUCAGAGGGGCCCACCUCAACUACCACCGCUCACUCCUCUCCUGGGGGAUCAUCAAUGCCACCUACGAGCUGCUGCUGAAGCUCACUUGAAAAGGGGAAUGGAGAUGACAAUAGAUAAACCCAGAAAGAGAGAGAAAGUAUUUAAAGGGAAAAACCUGUAUGGAGUGAUAGAGCCAGUUUGUCGAGAAGAAAGGAAAGUGUAAAGUAAAGCCAAUGCACUUGUUGUCUGGCACUGUUUGUGGGAGAUUGGAGUUUCCAUGACUGAAAGACAGCAAUGAAGUUGCACUUCUGACAGGGGCCAACAGUCAGUGUGAGAUAACCACCUGCCAUUAUGACUAUUUACUGUUGUCAGAGUAUUAAAAACAAAAUACAUGCUUUAGCCUAUACAAAACUUGUGCCAGGGUCCAAUUGAAAUGCCCUUGUUUGCUCUGUGUACAAAAAUUUUGUGGAACAAACUGAGCUCCAGCGAUAUUUUUUCCACAGUUUCAAGCAAAGGUUACUUGACUGGAUAGACUGUUUUAUAGGAGAAGCAGUUUCUUUCUAUGUUGUGUGUGCUGUGUUGUUUUGUAGACAAUAUUCAUCUGUUUUUUUGACCGAGAGCACUUUGUCGAUGAAGUUGAAUUCUGCCACUUAACUCAAACACUUUUGUGCUUUUGACUUUUGAAAUAUCCCAAAAAUUAUUGUCGAGAAUGUAAUAAACUGUGUGAGUGUUGGCCCUUUUAUUUCUCGUUAUACUGACUCUCCACAAAGAGUACAGAGUACAUGUCAAUGAGAUCAGAAAAGCUAAGAAAUUGUUAAAAUUAUACACGUUAUUGGAAAUGCUGUCCAGUAGACACAGGCAGGCUAUUUUAAAACAUUUCUUCUUUCACACUUAAUUCAUCUAUGUGAAAAGUUUUGUCAAAUAUUUGAUUUAUUUUCUGAAGUGCAACUAGCAGAGUGUAUGUGUUGAAUUUUGACAAGUGCCCAUUGAUGUGUAUGUCAGUAAAACAUACAGUUACACCCA